AUGCAUGCCGCCGGGAAGGACCCGCUCACUUGGAGCUUUGUAAAGCUGUUUGGUGUCCAGAUACGCUGCGACUUGCACGAAUUUGAGGGGAUGCCCGCCAGCCACGCAUGGCGGUGGAAGAGCAAGGGAAUUUGGCGCACACGUCUACAGACCAAAGCUCAGUGUUGCGGUGUUGUCACAUCCAUAUUAAUGCGAUCCGAUCGAGCGGAAUUGUUGGUAGACGACGGUACGGCGCCUGUCAAGGCAGUAUUGUGGGGAGAGGGCAUCCACAUUGAAGUGGCACUUGGUGACCUUAUACGCAUUGAAGGAAAACUGAACAUGGAUAAGAACUGGGACGCAGCUGAAUUAUCCCGGGAGCUCCGUAUUCUUCGGAUAUAUAAGCUGAGAGACCCCGAUGAGGAACUUUUGCAUUGGGCUCAGGCGAUGGAACUUGAGCAGGCGUACUACUCUGCUGAAGACAAUUACUUCAAGAUUCCUGCUGAAGCCAAUCAAAACGCCCGUUCUAAAACCCAAUGGGAGGCUAUUGCUGCUGAAGCAUUUUUUAGUCUCAGCGUCGAUCCUGGCAAAAAGCAACAAUUUCUAGAACAGCGCGAUUGUGAUCUUCACGAUGAUACACUAUUAGAAAUUCUUGAUGUAAUUUUGCACCAACAGAAAACAUGCGGCGCCGUCGAAGCUACCAAAUUACGCUUUAGUGACCUCCUUUUUACAAAUGGCGAAGCUGCAUUAGUUAAUAAAAACAGUAGAAUUCGAGCAUUACAACAUGUUUUUCGUAAGCUACGACGCGCUGGUCUACUAUUUUUGGAGGACAAUAGAGCCGAUCAGUACAUUUUGCUGAGUUUUGAGUUUGUUCUGAAGCCAGCACUUUUGGAGUUACUGCGAGGUCACCCCCUGGGUCGUUCAAUUCCUGAAAUCGCAGCCGCGAUUUGGCAUCAGGAACGAUUCAAAUGUAUUCCACUGGAAUGGAUUGAGACUAGCAUCGAGGUCCUUGUUGCAUCUCAAAUGAUUAUUCAGGGAGAAGAUUUCCAAUUAUAUUUUGUGAAGUAA